AUGGAUAUACUGCCAUAUUUGUGGUGUCAGCUUCAACAUCGCACGACGCCGGAACCGGGAGAGCCGCAUCUGGCUAGCUGGGACUACGCUGGCCAACAAUAUGAUGAGCCGGCAGUCGACGAGGAUGAUUUGGAAAACUGCGCUCAAAACGGCUUAUUCGGAGCGAUUAGCUAUCGAAGGAUGAUGAGGACAACAUGCUCGAAGAUCCAGACUACGUCCCUCCGGAUGAAGGUGACUACAGCGAGCCUGGUGAAUACGAUUCAGAGUAUCUCUGGGGAGGACAAUGCGAACAGCGACUCAAACCCUUCUAAUGAAACCAAGGAUCCUGAAGUCGAUGCUUACUCAAACUGGGUUGGCGAAAACUCAGAAUCCGAGAUGAUAGGGUAUCGCACCGCCCAGUGCUUGGUCCACAAAAGUGCGAUCCAGGACCCAUCGCAAUAUAUCAAAUCUCAUGAGCCCUGGGAGGUUUCUGAAGAUUGGUUUUUGUCUGGGUUGUGUGACGGAAUGCCGUCUCGCGAUUGUAAUUACCCAGAAGUCUGGCCUGCGCAAGGUGGAGUCGAGGAGCCGCAAGCGGAUAAUAUCAAUUUCGGUCCGGAAAGUACACCUUCAGAAGACUUGGCUAUGCCGUUCCACCCCUGGUGCUUCGAUAUCUUCUGCCGUCAAUCCAAAGUUCGGUUGAACCGCAUCAAUAUCUCAGGCAUUAUAAAGUGGCGCGAUGCCGAGUCCUCCAACAAGGACUUUUACGGUUUCCCCUGGUCAGGAGAUGUCAUCGAGGGCCAAAGGCAAUGGUGGGAGCAUUUCCCGGGCAAAGAGUAUCUGGACGCAACCCCACUUUACGUGCCAGGCUUACGGCCUAUUUUGCUGAAUGCAGGCAGAAACGAAGAGGACUUAUCUCACGAUAGAAUAGAGGAAUCUGAACUUCCGAAAAGAAAUCACACUCCAUUGCAGGUUGUUCACAAUGAUGUGUUUGCUUCCUUGCCUCCCUAG